AAGAUGGCAGGCGUGCAGCCGCCACCCCUCCGGAGCCUGGAUGACUUCGUGCUGAGUUCGGCUCGGUUCGCCGUGCCCAACAUACGCGACCUGGACCGAUGGAACAACCGCAUCAUCAACAACCUCUUAUAUUAUCAGAGCAAUUACUUCGUGUGCGCGCUGGGCUUUCUUUUGUUGGUGGGGUAUUUCCAGCCCUUCCAGCUGUUUGUUGGUUCGACAGUGGUCACCCUGUCAUUCCUCGGUUUCGUCUGGGCCGCUGAGAACCAAGCUCCCAUUCGGCGUUUCCGUAGAAACCACCCAUCAGUCUCUGUGUUGGCCAUACUUUUGGUCAGCUACCUCUUCCUCACAGUCCUGGGAGAUGUGGCUGUGUUCCUGUUGGGGAUUGCCUUUCCUAUUCUGAUGGUUCUGGUCCAUGCGUCGGUGAGACUACGCAGCCUUAAAAACAAACUGGAGAACAAAUUGGAGAGCAUUGGUCUGAAGAGGACGCCCAUGGGACUCCUGUUGGAGGCUCUGGGACAGGAACAGGAAGCUGGAUCCUAGAGAAAAGCACCGUGGAUGAGAAGAGGUUUGAGGAAAAGUGCAGAAGAAGAGAGGAGAGGGUUAAAAACAUGAGAUGUGAGGGAGUAGGAUGCAAUGUGAAGGCUGAGCAGGAUGUUAUAAAAUGAGCCAUAAAACACAAAUGAGAAGUUAAGUUUGUUUCUUUUUUUUUUUUUUUACACAAAUGGAAAGUCACUAGUGAAGGAACAAACACAAAUCCAAGCAAACGAUUCGGUCAUCCUUAGUCUGUUUAUGUUUAUGCACUUUAGCCACAAUAUUUAAUUCCAUUUAUUUUUGUGUUAAUGUUUUUUCAAAGUGUGCAGUGUCACAGUCAGGAACUUCCACAUUGUCACAUGAAAACAUGAUGGGAUAACAUGAAAUUGCACAUUCUGCACUAUUGGUUUAUUGUGUCAUUACACACAGUCAGGGAUACCUCCGUAAAGCUUUUACUCAACACAAAACAUGAUUAUAGUCGUAAUAACAAAAAGAAGUUGGGAAAUGUUGAAUAGAACAGUUUUAUAGGAAAAGGUUUUAAUUUGUGUAAUCACAUUUAACAGGAAAUCAAGCAAUGGAAAAUGAAGCCUCAAGAUAAAGUUGCCAUUUUUGGAGACACAAAAGCAGAUAUUAUAUGUCCAGUGACCCAGCUGAAAUUACGUAACUUUGAUUUAAUUUCACUGCCCUAAAAAUCAUAAUAAUGUGCUUAGUGAUUAAAUCUGACUUAAGGUUAUUCAUGUUACUUUCUUUUAAUACAUCAACUUUACAACCUAAUUUAUAUUUCAUCUGUGGUUUUUACUUAAAUGACAACACUGCUAAAAUAUGCUUUUAUUAUAAUACAUAUUUUUUUCUUACCAAUUUUUUGGGGACUAAUAAAGUAUCUGUAUUGGUGGUUCAAGGCCCCAAAAUUUUCAGAGUUUUACAAUUAUUCUGGUUUUAUCUCAUGUUAUUUCACCCUUUUUUUUUUUUUUUUUUUAGCAUUUUAUAACUUCAGAAGCCAAAUGACAUGGAGGCUGAAAUCCUCUGUUUAUACGACUUAAUAUUUAGCCACAUUUCAUAUCCAGAGUAAAUUUCCUCCACUGCUGGUCAGUGGAGUUUAUUCCCACUCAGUCAUUAGAAAUCUACUUGAACACUGUAUUCACCCUUGAUUCCUUAAAUAUAAAAUUAUCAGUCAGUUGGUCAUCAGUCUGGUCAAUACUGAAAUACAGUAACAAAUGUUGGACACUUUUGCACAAAUAUUGAGAAACCCUAUUCUGGAAAAACUCCAGUGCCUCCACAGGUAAUUUUUUUUUUUCUACUUUUUCAGUAAAAUAUCUGAAAAUCCAUUAGUUCAGAGUUAGAAUCUUCAGGACCUUCACGGUAGUACAUUCUUCAUUCUGAUGUUUCAUUUCAUUACUUUUUUUGAUGACUAAGUAUCCAGUUAAAGACUGAAAAAUGGAAAUGUUUUAAUGCUAACAGCCGAAACUAAAACAUGGUUAACAGCAUGUUAGUGCUGUCGCUAGCUAUACAUGCUAGUUUAGUGGAACCAAUGUUAUAAAUGAGGUUUGAACAUUUUCUGAAAUUUAAAAUCAGACCAUGGUGCCAACAGUGUAAAGACAUACCGGGUCAUACUUUGUUUGUAGGAAAAAUGAAUAGAAACCACUGCAAUGAAGAACAAACCCACUGUACUUAAUGUAAUGAAUGUACUGUAUUUUACAAAGGUGUUGAUCUGGAGCCUGACACAGACAAACUGAAAUACCUGCUGAAGGUAGAUGAAACUAGUCAGAUUUCCAAAAUGCUUUCAGUGUGGUUUAUAUUUAUUAUCCAAACAAUCCUUGAAACCCCAGCUUUAGUACAAUGAGCCCAUUUACAUGCACACUAAUACACUUAUCAUUAUCCGAUUUCUGGAGUUAUGGGAUUAUUCAAGUGAAAAUGUAAACAGCAUAAUCUGACAUGUUUUAUCAGAUAACAGCAGUAAUCUGAUUAUGACAAAUCAGAUUAACACACCUGGAUGUCUUGUUAAAACUAUGAUGUCUUCCUUCGUGUAUACAGGUUAAUCUGAUUUAUUCCAUUCUGUUACAUCAGCGCUGUGUAAAAACAUUUAAAAUCAAAGAAAACUGAAGUUAUGAAAGACAAUAACAGAAAGUUUGAGUUUACCAUCACUAUGUAUAUACGUACUCUGAAAGAAACCCAAUAAUGAACUGAAAUGUCUAAACCAGGGUUUUUCGAUUAUUGUAUUUCUUAAGUGUGUGUAAACAUGUCAGAUCUGAUUUUUACAACUGUCUGAUUACUCAGAAAAGUGUCAGAAAAUUACAGUUUUAUCCUAAAAUAUGCUCUUUUUUCCUCACACAGCAACUAGCUAUAGAUGUUCAUCCCACUAGUAAACUUUAAAAACCCAUCUUAUAUCCACCAUUUUUGAAAAUCUUAGAAUGAGACACUAGUGAAAAUCGAUAGCAGUAAAGACUGUUAAGGCUACACCUGGUUUUGCUGUUGUUUAAAGAGAAAUAAAUCAGCAGUUUUGCUGUGUUAUCUAGCUAAAAAUGUAGAAAAAUACAGAAAUGAAGAUCAAACUGACUUAAAGACUGUAUUAUUCUGGGGCCUUUGCUUUGUAUUGUUUUAUUUAUACAGAAAAACAGUCCUGUGCUGAAUAUCUGUUGGUGAAACUGUUCAGUUUUCCAGUCCCUGAAUCUUAUUUAUUCAGUAUUUACAGAACAGAUGCUUCCUGUGUAUUAUCAUCCAUACAAUCCUUCUGACCACAGUUUUAACACAAUUAUGUUAAGUUUGCAGGAUCAAUUGUGGCCAUAUUAAUGAUUUCCAAGAAUUGCAGUCUUUGCUCUGUUUUCAUCUCAUGUAUCAGGUCCAUUACCUGUAUGAAAUUAUAAAGGUAAACUAAAUUAUGGUGAACUUAGCUAAAAUUUUACAAGGUAAUCAUCAUGUUAGCAAUGUCAGGGUGAAUGUGUUAGCAUCUCCAGCUACUGACACUUACAUUUAACCAAGCAGCCUCUAGUUUGAGAUGCUAGUCUUACAUUUAAACAACUUCAGAACUGGGAUUUGAAUAUCGUCCACGUUCAUGAACUUCACAUGAAACCACUCCAGACACUAGUACUUAGAAAAAAUAGAUACUGCAAAGGCUACACAUGGAUUUACUGAUGUCUGAAGAGAAAUAAUAAGUACUUUCUGACAUGCUAACAAGCUAAGAAAACAAUUUUGAAAUUACAACUAUGAAGUAUAAACUGACAUAAUGAAGGAAUACUGCUAAAUAUAUGAAGGUGAUACUGUUCAAAUUUCCAGUUUUUGCAUCAUAUUUGUUACAUAUGUUUGUACUACAGUUUUAAUACAACUAUCAUGGCUGGUAGCGAGGUUUUCUUCAGUAUAAUGUAUCUCAACCAUUAUUAAGAUGUUUUAUGAUCAUUAAUUAUUUUUGUUUUCAUCGUACUUUUUGCCCUGUGGAAACAGCGUUGGUUGGUUUUCUUAUUAUGUACGUGCCGUUACAGUUUGGCCUUGUACAAAUAUACUUAAGACGUUUGCUGACUCCCUUAUGCAGAGCCUCAUGAUAAUUCCAACAGCAAACACAUAACAAAAAGUCUACAUUUGUGGUUCAUCAGGAAAAACUUUAACAUCUGAGCAGAAAUAAAUGCCUUUUCACGUAACUGCAGAAUGACUAAAAGGUAAACUGAGAUAAACAUUUCUGGGUAAGUGUGCAGAUGUAUCUGAAAUGUACAGAUGAUGAUUGUGUUCAGUGUUUCAUUCCAUUUAACUGAUUGUGUGACACAUGAUCCCUGACAUCAUGUCUGAGUGAUUUGCCAAAAGAUGACAAAGUGUAUUGAAAAUAUUUCUAAAUAAAAACGGAUGGUGUCUGCUGUUGUU